AUGAGCGAACGAUCGCGACCGUUAGUCUUUAACGCAGUUCUCCUCCCCCGGGAGCCUAUCCGGGAACUGACAGAGUACUGCGAUGUCACGCCGUGGGACUCGACAACGACGAUGUCACAACAUGAUGUUGUCGAAGCCGUACGUCGACUGAAACCCGACGCUAUCUUUCUUUCUACGAAAAUCGUCGUGGACGCAAAACUGUUGGACGCGGCAGGUCCCCAGCUGAAAGUGAUAGGUACGUGUUCUGUGGGUUUGGACCACGUGGACUUGGACGAAUGUAAACGUCGCGGCGUUGCUGUUGGUUACACUCCAGGAGUUCUCACGGACAGCGUGGCCGAGAACACAAUAGGACUGAUUCUUGCUACAGCCAGAAAAUAUAAACAAGGUUUGACAGCCGUAACUGACGGAACGUGGGGUACCAGAAAUGCCGAUUUACUGUGGAUGUGCGGAAGUGACAUAAAAAAUUCCACCGUGGGCAUAUUUGGUCUGGGACGAAUCGGAACCAGAGUUGCAAAGCUGCUCCAAGCCUUUGGACCCAGCCGAAUCCUGUACAAUUCUAGAACGAAGAAGGAUGUUGACGGCGAAAUACGGGCUGAAUACGUCAGCUUUGAAACCCUGGUUCGCGAGUCUGACAUCCUAGUUGCCACGUGCUCGAUGAAUCCAGAGAACGAAGGACUGUUCGACAUAUCCGUUUUUGAGAAAAUGAAGAGAUCCGCCAUGUUUAUCAACGUCUCCAGAGGCGUCCUCGUCAACCAAGACGAUCUGUAUGACGCGUUGAAGAAUGACUUCAUUUCCGCCGCGGGGCUUGACGUCACUUCCCCUGAGCCGCUGCCAACAAAUCACAGAUUGCUUUCUCUCGCUAAUUGCCUGAUUGUCCCUCAUAUUAGUAGCGCUACACAGGCUACAAUAUGUAGGAUGAUUAAACUGACAGCAGAUAACAUCUUGGCUGGGUUAAAGGGCGAAAAAUUACCAGCCCCGGCUGUGUAAAAUGUAAACUGAAUGUUUUGUACAUUUAUAACAAUCGAAUAUUGAUUGGUUUAGGUCUACCGGUGUUAUAAUCGAUUAUAAAAAUCCAUACGUCAUAUAAUUCAAAUCCUUCUUAUGUUCAUUAUAAUUCUAACCGAUUCUGUAAUAAAAAAAUGGUGUAAACUGAUUAUGACAGGUGAUCGAUUGUGAAAUUCCAGCCGAUUUCCAACUCUAGUAUCCUUUCAUUUAAAUCUAUAAACAAUGCUUGCUUUUGUGUGCAGGGUUGUAGCUAGGGAGGGGGCACGAGAGUAGUUUUCCCGCCCUUACCAAUUGUGCUUCUAGUCCAAAGUGGUCAUUUUAACAAGCACCCCUGGGCGUGCUGUAACCUCACCGUGGUACAGGCGUGUAACAUUCUCUUUGAGAAUGGCCAAUACAGCACAAAUUGAAAUUUUGAGUUAAAGUCAGUAU